ACCGCUCCGAAAUAAUUUAUCUAUUGGAAAAUUAUCAAACACUUGUGCUGAUUGGGGAAACCGGUUGUGGAAAAAGUACCCAAGUACCCCAGACUGGUAGAAAGAAUAUUUUGAAUUAGAGCUAAAUAAUUUUAAACUAAUCAUCUAUUGCACAUUGUCAUUAGUACAUAUUAUUAUUUUUACUAUUACUAUUAUAAUUAUUAUUAUUACUAUUAAUGACAAGUUACCGAUGAGUACGACACGUAUUUAAUGACAAUUGAUGAUGAUAAGAAACGUUAGAUAAGAUAAUACAUUGAAAAUAAAAUUUUUAAAAAAUAUAUGUAUUGAUAUAAAAAAAAAAAAUCCUCAUGGACACCUGACACAACACUUGGACUUCCGGAUAGUAAACACGUUAAGUUUUAAAGUUUAUUUAAAUUUGUAACGAUGAUCCACAUGAUAGAAAAACGUUUGAUAAUAUCAUUUUUUGUGGUAUAUAUAUUUUUUUGUGUCGCUAUGGAUUUACGUCUGUACUAUCGCAUAAAAAAUUAUUCAAUAAGACCAACAAAAGAAGGAUUUAAAUAUGAAUCGAUGGUACCAUGUGACUUAAACCCAUUCUGUAUCGUGACAGUAAAAGGUCUGAUGCUGGACUACUUGAAUUUUUAUAUACUCGGACCACUUGCAGCCCUCACUGACAGAAUACUUUUGCUGAGUAAAUGGGAAUGGUUGUCGCCGAAUUACAUAAGUCUAUUCCAUGUACUGGUUGCCUGUUUGGCGGGUAAAUUAAUUUCAAGUAAAUCAUUAGUGCACCGUAGAAUUGGUGUCGUAGUUUAUCAAAUACGUUCAUGGCUGGAUGACGUUGAUGGGUUGGUUGCAAGAAAACGAAAACAUAUUGGCGGUGAACAUUCAGAUGUCGGAAGCACUGGUUAUUAUGUUGAUGCUCUUUGUGAUUCACUUGGAAGUGUUGCUCUUAUUGUUGGAAUAUAUUAUUAUCUUAAAUCCACAUCAUCAAAUCGAGGACGAGGUGAUUAUGUUAGAUUACAAUCCUCGGUAACUUCUAUUGAGGACGGAGUUGUUGAUUCAUGCAUUGAUAAAAAAAAAAUACGGUUUAAUAAUAUUGUACCGACACUGUUAUUAUUUACUGGGACGCUGAUUGCAUCAAGUUUAGCAUGGAAUCGAUAUAUUGAUUUGUAUCAGAAUUUAUUAGAAGGUGACUAUCAAGUGUCGGCAGCUAUUACUGAGGAUGCUUUUUACUGCAAACAAACAGAUGUGAUAAGAAGCAAUUUUUUUUGGGUUGUAACGACGGCAUGGAGACUUAUAAAUCCCCAUGCUUUGACUGAUUACAUUUUAGUCGCUAUAUUUAUUGAUAAAUUAUGGGAAUACAUAUACGCCGUCCGCUGGGUUGUUUAUAUUAUUAUAUUUAUUUUUGUUUAUAUUUCUGACUUUUAUUACAUACAAAAUUAUAGAUAUAUAUGGGACAUUGAAUCUCCGGGAGCUGUAUCUGUUGAUAGUAUCAAUAACUCGACUUUGAUGUAAUUAAUAUUUAAAUAAUUUAAUUCUAGUUUUUUUCUGAUAAUUUAUUUAGAUAGAAUAUAUUUGAUAAGAGUUCGAAAUAUUAAAAUUAUUUUAAAUUUGAUGCAUGGGUUUGUAAAAAAAAAUUUUAAAAACUUGAUAUUUAUUUUAUUUUAUUCAUGGCCAUAAAGCAGUUGUUCAUUAUGACAAAUAAUUAAAAAAAUAAUUAAUUAGAAAAAAAAAAUUUUUUAGUCAUAAAAAUAAUUGAAAUAAAAAUACAGCGUAAAAAUAAUUGCAUUAUUACAAUUAGGGUAAAGUACUUGAACGUAAGUCUCUGUACACUUGUCAGUGUCCAGCUUUCUAUAUAUUUUAUUUAUAAAUUUGUUUUAGAAUAAUGAUUAAUCUUUUUAAUUGAUCAAACGGAUUUAUUUUUUGGUAAUUUAAUUAAAAUCUGUUCGAUUAUUUUUUUUUAAAUAUAUUUAGAUAAAAUUUUUUAUCAUCCACACGUGAGUAAAUAUUUUUAAGAUAAAAAGAACUUAUCACAGUAAUAAGUAAAGUCGUGAUACUGCAUAAUUAUUAAUUAUUUAAAUAAAAUAAUAAAUUGACAUCACGUUUGUCUAGUUCUAAAAAAAGAAUUCCAUUUUAUUAUACUAAUUGUUAAUAAAAAAAUAAAAAUUAUUAAUAUUCUUAUAAUAUUUGUAUUAAGGGGGGAAGGGGGUCUGAAAUACAAAAAAAAGAGGAUAUUUUUGUGAUUUUUUUUUUCAGAGUAGCUUCUUUAUUAAAAUUCUUAAAGUUUAUGAUAUAAUUAAGCAACAUUCCAAGAAUAUUCUGUUAAAUUUUCAUAAAAAAACAAUGAAAAACAAGCCAGUAGAGGGGUGAACCGAGUCACCUUAAAAAAAGUCUCCAUGCGGUAGGCAGGAUAACGCAUGACUGCUUCAUCUGAAAUUAAAAAACCAAAAAGAUUUCUUUAGUACAUAAGUUUAUCUUGGAUUUAAACGAAGGAAUAAAAAAUAUUUAUUUUUGAAUUUUUGGUAAAGGUGCAAUCAAAAAAUUAUGAUUUUUCCCAAAAAUUCUUCCUUUUGUUUAAUUAAAAAAUAAGUAGUUAUUGAAAAAAAAAUCCUUCGUUCAACUCUAAGAUAAACUUAUGUACUAAAGAAAUCUUUUUGGUUUUUUUUAUUUCAGAUAAAACAGUCAUGAGUUAUCCUGCCUACGGCAUGAAGACUUUUUUUUUGACUCGUCUCUCCCCACCACCACUGUCUUAUUUUUCAAUAUUUUUUAAUGAAAAUUUAGGAGAAUAUUCUUGGAAUGAUGCUUAAUAGUGUUACAAAUUUUAAGAAUUUUAAUAAAGACGCUACUCUGAAAAAAAAAUCACAAAAAUGACCUCCUUUUUUUGUAUCUCAGACCCCUUUCCCCCUUAAGUAUUCAGCAUAGUUACAAUAAAUAAAAAAGCCGAUUACUUAAUUUUGUAAACAGAACUGAUUAAUAUUCAAUAGUCUUGCCUUAUAAAAAAUACUAGAUUGUGAAUUUAAAUCUUCGAAAACUAAUUAAUAAAAAGAAAAAAAAAUUUUUUAUUAUAAUACAUUAAUAUUUAAGAGUGAAAAAUAGUUUUGAAGCUUUACAGAUCUCAUGUAAUUUAUCUUUAAGAAUAAAGUGCGAUUAUAUUUUUAAAUUCAUUAUUUUAUAUGAAAAAUAUAUGUAAGACAAA